AUAGGAAUGAGAAAUCCGCCGCGAAAUAACAAGGAAAAUCGUUGAUCACGCUCGUAGCAUGUUUGGAACAUGGCUGAAUUUGGAAACCAACCGACAACUAGCGCGUCAAGAAAACAAAGGACCUUAUCGGAAAGCUCGUCAGAGAUUUCUUCGGGAGUCGAUUUACAGGAAAAGUUACGGAAGGAAAAGUCGUUUCGCAAAGAGACAGACGAAGUUUACCAACGGCUUCAAGACGAUUACGACGAGCUGCUCAAGAAGUAUGCUCAGGCCGAAAAUACUAUAGAUCAACUGCGAAUAGGAGCCAAACUUAACUUGUACAGUGACUUACCACCACCACAACAGAGCUCAUCUGUAAACGCAACAGUUCAUAAAGAGCCUGGUGUAUUUAGAUUUCCAAGAAGUAGCCAGGCUGUUUUGAGCGAGGGUGGUUUUCCUAGCGGAGAGGUUCCUCGAGGUGCUGACGCCGCUCCACAAAAUGGCAACCAACGAAGUACAACUACUAGUUCUUACGCCGGGUUAAAUCCAUCGAGUCCAGACGGGAGAGGAGCAAGAUUAAGGGCAGCUUUGUCUUCGAAAGUGCAAUACUUUCAGGAGGACGUAGAUGCACUGCAAGACCACGUUAUGGAGGGGCAAUGGGGAGAACCCGAACUACAAGAGUUGAGAGAUAUGUGCGAGCAGUUGAAAGCUCAAAACGGGAAUUUAAAACAAGAAUUAGCACAGAUUAGGCGACUGGAAACUGGACGAGAUCCUGAGUCGUUUGAAAAUGAAAGGUAAGUCAGAUCGUAGGCAAUCUACAGAAAAUUUGAACGUUUUUCUUUCGUUCAAGGUCAAAAGAUGUUGAUGACGAUAUUAUAUCCGGAAAUUGUGUUUGUGUAUUUUUCGUCAACACAAAGAUAUUUUACGUAAACAAAUCCCUUGAGAAACACGGUCAUUUUCUAAGUAGUAAGUUUAAGGUCUUAUAUUGAGAUCUAAAUCGCGAUCUUUCUGACAUUGAACGAACUAAUUUUUUUUACUGUUUAUACAGGUGUAAACAAAAGACGUGUUAAUUAUUCUAAUAAUUGCUGCCAGACUUUGGUAAAAUAAAAAUUUAUGCUUUCAUGUAAAGAGUCUACAGUUGCAGUUUGGGUUUUGUCCAGAGUUAAACUGCUUAAUGAUUAAUCACAAUAAAACCUGAAUUUUUCGGGCGAUCAGUCCUUUCUUAAAACCAAGGAAAAUUGUUAAACAGCUGGUAAAAUUUUUAACGAUUUACAAAAGCAAGGGAACUGAAACCCAUUUAAAAAAAAUAAUUCUAACACCUUUGGUAUGCCUUAUGAAAACAAGAAAAGCAUUGUUGUUUGGUUAAGCUGUAGACCAACAAUAAACUUUUCUAAUUCCUUACUACAGAGUUAGUUAGGUGCUAUUAUUUUGUGUCCUUGUGGUAUUCUUUAUUAAAAUAUAAACCUGCUCCUAGAAAAUUGCUUCGAAACCGUUGUAAAUAUUUUAUUAUCAGUUUUCUUAGGGAGUUUUUUUUUCAUGAGUAGUUUUCACCACGGAUUUUCUCAGGAGGUUCUUAACAAUGCAAUGUAAAUUGAAAAUUCCAUGUACUAAAGUUGCAAUUAUUAUUUUACUAAAUUCUUCAGUUACAUUCUAAAAGGAACGUUAACAUGUAAGUGAAAUAGGUAACGCCCUUGACCUUCAUCUUAAUUGUGACACCAGGCAGUGUAGUUUCACUUAUGUACCAAUUUUUUUGCUGCGUUUCUCUUACUAUCUAUUCCCUGUUUGUCCUUUGAAAUGCUAUUCAUACUAUUUUAAUUUGGACAGUCAAACAAGAAUGAUGAUUAGUCUGCAAGCAGGUGUUUUGAAAUGGCUUUUUUAUUUUGGUCCCAGAAAAGAAGUGAAAAUAGUGUUUUUGUCAUAAAUUAAUUGCCUUCCUGUGCUUGAAGUUUUUUAUACUAUACAUGUUUUUCCUGCCUGUCUUUUGUAACAAUUUAAAACAUGAUUAAAUAGGACUUGAAUGCAAAGCAUGGUCUCCAUGUUGUUGUUAAUAUGUGCAAAUCAGUCGCAAACAUUGCCAACCUAAUUUCUUUCAGUUUUACAACAUCCAGAUGCAGGGUUAACACAAAGUGUCGAUGUAGGUGGCUCGAUAACAAUUGCCAAUGGUUUCAUUAAUGUUUUCAGCAGGAGGGUAAUUGGUCUUCACAGGCAGGCAAAACUUUUUGAAAUGAAAUUCUUCAUAAGAAAAACUUUCCUCUAGAUGGUCAAACCAGGUGGGCAAUUAAAUCGUCCUCAUGUGCCCAGCGCUGUAUGAAGCUACUGCAAUUGCUAGUCUAGGUGGCUUAUUUUACCAUUUUUUAGCUGCCUGAGGUCACAAAGUAGACAGUGACUGACUGUCUCACAUUCAAACUUAUGCAAAGUUCAUUGUCCCACAAUCUGAAUGAGGUGGUUUGCUUCUUACCUUUUUCCAGGUUUGAAUAUUAGGGUGAUUUUUUUAAAAGAGGGCCUCCCAGGGGUUUUGGGCAACAAGAGAACAUGAUCGUUUUAUUUCAAGGGAACAAAGUGUAUUUUUGGGAUGAAUUUGAGAGAACAAGGGGUAUCUCUACUACUAAAGGGAAGCUUGGCAAUUAAUUUCCUAGGGAUCAAGGGAGCAUGUUACCUCCCUUGGGAAGCCUUCAAAAAAAAUAACUAUGGUCACAUUCCUAUCGAAUGGGUGAGGUCGGCUGGAUGGAAAAAUAUUUUGCUCAAGGUCAGGACCCACAGACCUUGUUUUGCUUGGUCCAUAAGUCCUGACCUUGAGCCAAAUAUUUCCAGUCUGGCCCUUCCACCCAGUUAAUAAGUAGAGAGACACCUUUAGUUGAAAGUAAAAAUCCAAAGGUAAAAAUUUCAGGGUAGUCCCUUCAGGGAGCUUACAAAGCAUCUCUAUCUAUUUUAAAAAUAGGUCUCCUAUUGAUAGCAGAGAUGCUUUAUAAGCUCCCUGGAACCAUGACUUGUUUACAAACUGAAGUGCACGUGCUUGUUGUGACGUGGUGUGACGUUGCAAAAUUAAUAAUGUGCACAGUAAGGACAGGCAGUAACAAUGGGCCUGAAGGUCCUAAGGAA